AUGGUUGGACACAUCGGUGCUAAUGGUGCAUGGUUUGGCUUAAAGGGACCUACUAUAUUUCCGAUAAUCUUCGCCGCAAUCGCAGGCGGAUUUCUACAGGCUAUCGCCCUGAAGCACGCCCAGAAAGGCACUGAACUAGGCACACUCGAACAGUUAACACGAACCAUAAACAUCUUCAGUGCCAUCACGACUCCGUAUUUCAUCAAGACAUACAACUGGCUCUCUCUUAUUCUUUUAUUACUUUGGGCUAUAUCUCCAUUGGGUGGCCAAGCGUCACUACGCCUGUUAUCCACAAAGGUCGUUACCUUCCAGAACCCGACCAGUGUCCGUUUCCUAAGCCCUACGAACAUAACCAGCUAUCUUUCCGAGGGUACCCGUAAUUAUGGAACCUGGAGGGCCCAGGCCGAAGCAGUCUACAGCGCAAGUUUGUUGGGCAUAGGAUCAGCGAAAACCCGUCCUGUUGACCUUUGGGACAAUGUCCGAAUACCAAACAUAGAAGUUCUGGAGAAGCAAAUGCCUAACGGAACGGACGGUUGGUACGACGUUACCAACAAGAACACCACCUAUUCAUCGCUCUUAGGAAUUCCGAUCCGAGGGCUUACUGAGAACAUCACAGUAGAUGUUCAAACAAGCUACUCGAAAGUCGGUUGUUCCUUUUUCGGACUUCUUGACAGCAAAAAAUGUUUCCAACACGAAGACGACCGUUGUCUUAACGUCAGCCAUCCCCACAUCCCAGAUUGGUAUUUCCCUUUUGUGGACCCCUCUACCAAUUUUGUGGGGUACGGCAGUUAUCUUUUCGUUGGUAUGAAUAUUAGUCAGGCCGCAUACGAACUUCCCGGUGGCACUACGGCUCCAGAUCCAGUGGACAUAAUUUUCGAAUCUGGAGGCUUAGGCGGGAUGUCGGUCGCUAGGUGUAAACUCUCGCAGACAUACCUUGACGUUCAGGUGACUUGUCGUUCUUCCAGGUGCGCUGUUUCCAAGCUCCGCCGCUUAUCGAUUGGAACACAGCGCCCGCCGUUGUUCUACAGAUCUACACCGGGAAUAGCUGGUACUAUCUCAAACUUUGUAAGAGAUCUCACGAUGGUCUCAAAAGCAGGAAAGCCGCUAUUUAGCAACACUAAUCAAGGCUACAUAUACAACCCUGAUGAUCCCUUAUCCUCCAUUGGCGACUGGGUAAACAUUGCGGAUGUGGGGAUUGACAACUUUGAGAUACGGAUGACACAGUUAGUCAAUACUUUGAUGUUGGCUGCCCAAGGCCCGGCGCUAUUCAACACCGGUCACGAUAUUGAGGAUGACGUUUUUUCUGAGCGUCUGGGACGAGUUGUUUCCGCCCAAUUUUCUACCGGAGAAUCUAUGACCCAGCAAGAGUUAUUCAUCUGCUAUAAGGACUGGGCCGUAUUGAUGCUAUUCGCAGCCGUGCUACUGUUUGCGAUCGGAAUCUCAAGCGCAAUCAUCGCAUAUACUACACUAGCCCCCGACACACUUAGUUCCCUUUCAGUUCUGGCGGCCGAGAGCCAGUAUUUUGAUAUCGAGAGUAAGGGUUCCACGCUUGAUCGCGACGGGAAAGCUAUUGCCUUGAAGAGCCGGUUUGUAAAACUAGGAGAUGUAGAGGCGUCUGGUGAGACAGGAUAUAUCGCCCUUGCGACAGUGGACACGGAUAAUGUAACGGUUGGAGAUCUGAAAACAGAUCGGGUUUAUAGGUAA